AGUUUCCUGCAUGGGUGUAUGCCUUUCUGUUAGGUUUAUAGCAGAUCGAGUGACCUGAACACAUCAGAAUACUGAUUGGUACUAGUUGAUGGUGGGUGGUGUUUAUUGUACGAAAAGUUUUAAAUCAGUGAGCGGCGUAUAACCGGUACCAAACAAAGACUUCACAGAUAUAAUGACCAUGGCGUGGACGGCACAAACGGGACUCGUACCGAGGAUAGUCGUACUAAGUUUGAAAGUGUUCAUUGUGCUGAUGUUUUAUACUCAUGAACGACGUGGCAUUUGUACUGCACAGCCGGGAUCUGUACUUCCAGAAGCACUGCAGGAGAAUCGUCAUCAAAUGAUUGCGCAUUUCUGUGGAUCGGGAUGCUUAUGGGAGUCAUAUACGAUGGAGUUGGAUAGUCUAAAUUGUGAACAUGCCCAACAGUCGCCAGUUUCCCUGUGCAGUCAGAUCUGCCAUGCUGAAGCAUGCAACGUCCAAUGCUGGAACACGGCUACUUCCCUCUGCAGCGGAAAUCAAACAAAAAUCUGUGGUUACAGCAAUGCCGACGUUUGCGAGGAAACCAUUAAUGGGGACAGAACAAGGAUAUGUGUGUACACCAGGGAUGCCUUGCCAGUUUUCUGCAUCUGUCAGAGUGGAUCUGGUUCGCCGUAUACCAGAUGUGAUCCACAAGCCACUACGCCACAAGCCACUACGCCACAAGCCACUACAGAAAGAGCCACUACAUCACAAGCCACCACAGCACAAGUUACUACAAUACAAGCCAGUGCAGCUGCAGCACCCAUCUUUACGAUUGAUCAACCAAAGAACGUAGUAGGUAUUGUCUUUGGGACUAUGUUUGCUGUUCUACUCCUAUUUGUGAUCGUCGCUGCUGUGGUACUCUAUCUCCACCUACAAGGGAGACUACCUUCUUUCGCGAAGCAAGCGUCGAACCCAGAUGAUUUGUCAAGCGUCGAGUCAGAAACAAGCUGUACGAGAGUACUACCGCCUGAACCGCCGGUACGCAGCAGUAGCAUGGAUUAUUUGUACGCACAAGACCACAUACCAGCGAUGCUUGGUGCAAGGGCAGAUCCUGAUGAAGAUGGUCCAAUUUACUGUUCCGUAGGUGAGGAUACUCACAGAAAGGGGAACCCCCGCUAUGUCUUUGACGGGCAAAGAAAUAUGCCAGCUACCAAGGAACCCGAGGUAUCUAUGGGCAAUGCCAAAGACCAGCAAUACUUUGUGCUCAAUAGGAAUGCAGGGGGCGAUGAAGUGGGACGCUCAGAUGGGGACGAGGUGACUGACUUGUCAACAGGAGCGCAGGCUACAGCGGACAUCCUCAAGGAAUACACUCCAUUGGUGCUUACUGGAGACCCACGGUCACGAUCUGAACCAUUUAGAAACGAGGUUGCUGUGUCGUUCAAAGAAACUACCCCGAUCGACUCGCCGACCAAAGGGGACCCCGGUACCUACUUUCCACUGAUCCUUUUUGCAGAACCAAAUUCCCCUGUGAAGCAAUCUGGACACGAAGAUGCAAAUACAUCCAUUUCAACCUCGCCGACAGAGGCACAGUCUAAAAGCUAUGACAAUAACACCGACACCCCACUGAUCCAAACUGCAGCCCCAAAAUCCCCCGUGAAGCAAUCUGGAUACGAAGAUGCAAAGAUACGCACUUCAGAAAGUCACAUCACAACCUCGCUGACAGGGGUGCAACCCGAUAACACCUACACCCCAUUGGUCCAACCCGUGGUGGAGCCCAAAUCUCAAAAGGUACCCUCCGAGUACGAGGCUCCUGUAAUAAACCAGUGUCCUGGUUUGGCAGCCGGCGGUGACGUCACGUCCCCCUCGCAGCCAUACGACCACUUAGACAGAAAGGGAGAGAAAAGGUCAAAGGAGGGCGCCAUGUCAUCAACCGUGGCCCACGACGACUAUCAGCAGUUGGUGAAUAAAAAGUAGGGUCUCAUGUAAACUCUAACAAACAAUAACAAAUCUAGCAAAACUCUUUUUUUUUUUUUU